CUUGCUCUCAUUCGUCGCUCACGCUUAGGAGAGCGAAAGAGAAAGAGAGAGGGACGAAAAUAGUGAAAAAGAGAGAGAAAAAAGAAACAUACACCGACAACGGCAUCGCUCUUGUUGUGUUCACACGGGGCAACGUCAAACCACGCUUGCACACUUGUUCGCAGGCGGCAUUCGAAGCGGUCGGACGCUUUCGCUCGAUACGACAAAGUUAAAGUAAACCGAAAACAGUGCGGCGACCCAACGGACGGGGUCACAAUUGCACAGCUACACGUUUUGUUACAAAGUGCUUAACGUUUAUCGUGGUGUUGUUUGCAGUGGAGAGAGAGAGAAAACAAAAGCAAAACAAAAGACCGUGCUUUUGCCUGCAGAGAGGGCGCCUCGCCUAGAAGUGAAAGCUGGAAUCACGUCAACAUCAGACACACACUCUGUCCGUGCCAACCCUUCGCAGCGGGAAGAUCUACGUUCUGCGCCCAGGCCCAGCUAAGGGGUAAGAGCACGCCGCAUACGCACCCCUUCUAAGCACGACUACAAUGUACCGUCCGCACUUUAUACCCACCAAAACCAUCCGUGAGAAAAUGCGAAUCUUCGAGCAAGAUGAAACAAACCUAGACGACCGGAUCGUCCCAAACGGUAACAGUACAUACGCGAGCGCACCAGCCCAGCACCAGCAACGCCGCGCAUCGUCGGCCGAACUACACGCGCACCCUACCGGACCAGGAGCGGGAAUGAUGCGCCCAAUCAGCACCAGCCAAAGCGUCAUGACCGACGCGCAGGGACUGAUCGUACCAAAGAAGCUGGCCAACCCGGUGCUCGAGUCGAUCGAUCGGCAAAAUCUGCACCGCGAGAUGAUGUUCAACCAGAAGAUUGGCAAGAGCGUCCUGAACCAAAAGUCCGAGCUGCAGCGGGCGCUCGAGAAGCAGAAGGAGCGCCAGGUGCUGGCGGCCCAAAACCUGGCCAAGCAGACGGAGCAAACGAUCGCGACCGAGCUCGGGCGCGUCAUCAUGCAGCGCGCCCAGCGGCUGGAGCAGCAGAAGGGGGGCAGCGGGACGGGCGGUACCGAUCCGACCGGCGGCUCGAUCAACCCGGAGUAUCUGAAUGCCCGGGCCAAGCUGCGGGCCACGGUCGACACGAAGUGAGCGGUAGCCCCAGUAGCCGGUGGGGCCAACUCCAAAGCCAGCAAAAAGGGUUGCGCAGGAGCGGGUUGAGUCCGUGUCGUGUGGGGCACCAGCGUUUCGUUUUUAAGCUUGCUUUUUUUUUUACGUUUAGAACCUACUUUUAAUCCCUCAACGUUGCUCUAACGCAACCUCUUCAUAAGCGAGCAUUAGCAUUAGUUGUGCGGCACGGCAUUCGGCAGCGGUAGCAGUAGCAGCCAUAGAAAUUAGGUUCGUGUUCGGGUGUUUGCGAUUGGGUGCGCAUGUAGCAGGCGAAUUUCAGGCAGAAUGGAACGUCCCGUCGGGUUAAAGGCUUCUGGGCGCUUUUACCCACGCGCGUGUGUGUCUGUGCCAUUUGACUGAAAACCGUUAGAGCGUGAAUGUGUGUUUGCAAUGUGUGUCUGCGUGUAUGUGUGUGUGUGAGAGUGUCUUUUUUACCCGCCAGUGAUACGCGAAGAGCAUGUACGUUUGUGGGAAUGUUUGGCAGGAGGCAAACGAGCAGAAACAUGGAUGCAGUAGCGAGCAAAACCCGUAGGCUUUAAAUAGGAUUAGUAAAGAAUGCUCUGCUGCCUGCUGCACAAAUGCGCAUUAUGUGUUUUAAAUCAUCAUCGAACUGUAUCUCCCUCUGUGUAUUGUGUCUGCAUUGUACUGUCGCUUUUCGAUUUGGCGGUAGGUUUUAUGUUAGGUGUGUAUCGUUUUUAAAAACUCCGAAGCUUGCCGGUGUCUGGGAAAGGCAAUGGGACAAUCCCUGUGUCACUUAAAAUAUGAGAAAAAAAACAUAGCACACACAGACAUUCAUUUUAAACCCCGAGCAAGGAACUGCGUAUUUGUGAGUGUGUGUGUGUGCAUAAGAAGUACUGCUAGCGAUACUGUUUGUAUAAGAGAACACAAAUUUACCACACAAAAAAGCCCCAUUUAGCGAGAAAGCAAUUACAAAUACAAAAUAGUCACUGAUAGUUCUUCCAACAAAAACAAAAUACAACAAAAAGGUAAACAUAAACAGCUGCUGAUAUUUGUAACCCACCAUCACCCAGCUCCACUCCCAAUGUGACACAUUCUAAUAGAGACUGCGGUUGUAGGCACGAUUGAGAGUUUUAUUUAUACACAAUCGGAUUUUAGAGUGGAUUGUUUCGAACGUAGAUAAUCAAAAGGCCGAUAGGGGUAGAACCUAAUCUCUCCUCUACCUCCCUCUCAACCCCUUCACGCCAAAAACGAGUUGCAUCAUGAUCAGUCUUGUGCAUUUUGAAACCAAAUUGUGGAGUGGUGGAGAAAAAAGCAAAAAAAAAAAAAAAAAGGAUAGGAAAAUGAUAACAAGACUUUGCAAGCGAGUGGGUUAACAGGGCAACACUAAAUGAAAGGCUGAACGAGCUCCACAGGUGGGUUUGGUGGGUGGAAAAUGGUGUAAACUCAAUUUAUUGCAUUGCAACCUAACGGAUAACCACUGAAGCAUUUCUACCGUAUAUACAGCAAAGUAGGGGAAGAUAUAUAGAUAUAUUAUAUUAUAUACAGAGCAUUUUCUUCCUCCCAAUAUAAACCCGUGUUACUCAAGUUACUUGUUGUUCGUACGGUCUGCCAGGAGCGUAUACGGACGGAGCGCAAGGAUCAGAAGGACAAAGGAGGCUGACGGCUAAAGGCUAUAUUAUUGCUCAAAUAAUGGGUCAACAAGAGGGUCGGGCUCGGUGUUAUUUGCCGCUCACGCCACUCUCGUUCGUUUAAAAAAAGCGUGUGGACCUCGUGUAGAAUUUAGCCCCGUUUCUUUGACAAAUCUCGACACCGUUUUGCUCACCAAAACAAACGCCCCCGUUGCGUUUGUGCGUAGGAGUAGAGUAGUGUAACGCCACGGGGUAAGCGAUACGCGUAUCGCUCCGACCGAUGCGCUGUAAUCCUGCGCGCUUUGCUGUUUUUUUUGCAAAACAGUAAUAGGACAGGAAAACUCAAGUGUGCGACGAGGCGACGGUCUAGUUUGUGAUAGCAGCACCUAAACCCUACCGGUAAGGAGACAAACAAAAACAAAAUUAGAAACGAUAUGAGCUCAGUCGACGAAUGUCGAUGGUAUUGGAAACUGCGAAGUUAACACGUGCACCCAAUGUAAUGGUUUUUUCCUCCACUCACGAUACUUUUUAUCCAUAUCUGCUCCCCAAAAAAACAAACAAAUAUUUGUAACAAGCGAGUAGGAAAGGCAGGGUAGAACAUUUAUCAAAGAAACAAUUUAUUAAUCGAUUGGGAAUUCAUCUACCUUUAUACAUACAAAACAAAAAGCAAAACAAAACAAAUUGGGCCUUAGCGUAAACAUCUUGAAGACUAGUGGGAGUGGUAGAACGAAUCCAGGAAAGGAACACACACACACAAUCAACAAAAUAUAUGUAAAUCGUACAGAUCGAAACCAACCACCGUUGUUAGACAAGGGACAGAGAGAGAUCGAAUGGAAAGGAGAUAGAGGGAAAUAGUUUAGCUAAUGGAGAAGAUAUUUUAACGCAAUGCAAUGCGUCGAUGCACGGUCAUGUGCCGGUAAUGGAUUAGAAUGGUGGCCGAGCAAAAAGAAGAAGAAGAAGAAGAAAACAAUACGGUGCACAAUCAAUGUGAUUAUUGGGUGAUUUGGAAAUUAAAACAGAAAGGUAGUGCGUUGUGUUUUUUUUUUUACUUAAAUUUAGUUGUUUCUCCUCGUUUUACUUGUUUUCGUGUGUCAAGGCGAGAGUAGUAGGGGAGGCACACAUUUGGGAGGCGAUUUAGGAAAAGGAAAAAUUGUUAGAGCGAGAGGCUUUUCUUUUGUUGUUGUGUGCAUUGGUUGUGCGAAAUUUUAUCAAUAAUUGCGAGACUAAAUUUAGCAACACACAUUACACAGCAGAAAGCGAAAGCAAAACGGUCCCAACCACCCCCCCCAAUGAAUUGUGCAUUGUGCAACGAAACAUUCUUUCCCCCUGACACCAUUACAACAAUUACCAUUGCGUACUCCCCUUAGUAGUGUACCAGUAGUGUACAGUGCGGUGACAUUGAAGUGUCUUGUUAUCGCAGGGACAUCGAGCGAAGGAAAGCAUGUGGGCGGACAGGGAUUAAUUGACAUGAAUGUAGCUGUGGUUCUCUUAAUGUACAGGCGUGCAAAGAAAGCAAAAAUCGAUCAUCCACAAACCAGAGCCACACGCCGGAACGAUCAUUAAAAUGCAAAGUAUUUACAGUGCACACAAAUUGUGAGAAAAUAAACAGGAAAAUUAGAGUUACACGUAA